UUUAUGUUCAAAGUUCUCUAACGGUAGAUAGAUCGAAAGUUUUCACAAAGUUUAUCUUCUCUUUUGAAGUGACGGGUAAUUUGACAUGUUGUAUCGGUGAAAACCUACCUACCGUUUUGUUUACGUCGAGCGGAAGAUCAUAAAAAUCUUUUAUUUUGCGCGUUCGCAAUAUAUACGUUUCCUGAUAUGUUUCCCAAAAGGAGAAACAGCAGGGGACACAUAGUAUGAUUCUCAUCUGUGAAUGCGGGAGGAUAUCUCUCAAUGGAAGCUCGUUUCCAUUUUUUCCAAAACCAUAUUCAAAGACUUUGUUCGUCGGUGUUGUUCCAAGUAGACAAGAUUUGCCGGAAGUUAAAUUGUAUCGCGGUGCACACGCAGCCGAUCUUUCUAAUUCAGGAAUAGCCGCAGUGCUCGGUGGACCAUCCGCCGAGUAACGUCACGUAACCCCUAAUUCGAUCUGCUCACAUCAUCCCAAAAAUUUAUUGCAUAUUUUACUCAUUCCGACAUGUAUACAUUCAAACCGUUUGUGUUCGUCGUGCACAAGGGACAUGGGCCUGAACGUCCUAAGGCGAGAAGUGGCCACCGGAUCGCGUGUGACCAUCGGAAUCUUUAUUCUUACGGUGGCUUCAAUCCCUGCGUAUCCGACUCGGACAUGGUCAACGAUCCGACAUGGAACGCCAGCAAGCCGCUGUUCAAGGAAUUGUGGCGCUUCAAUUUGGCAAGCGAACAGUGGAAGCGGCUGCCGGGUCAGGAAAACAUGCCAAACGAGCUGGCGUCAAACGCGGUCGUGUUACGCGACAACGCGCUGAUAGUUUACGGCGGAACCGGUGUGCCCUUUGGCGAGAGUUGUAGCAAUCAGUUGUACGUCUGCAACCUUGAAAAUGGAUCUAUCAGAAUUAUGCCAGCUUGGGGAGAACUACCUGAACCGCAAUAUGGUCAGGCACUGGUAAGCUUUGGCCCCUAUAUUUACACAAUGGGUGGUACUACAGGUUAUGACUAUACCUGUGACAUUCACAAGUUUGACCUUAGAACUCACAGGUGGGAAAUGAUAUAUGCACGUUCAGGAAGAGAUGAAUCAGAACCUUUGGGAAGAUAUAGACACGAGUUAGCCUUCGAUGGGAGAUUGAUCUAUGUUUUUGGUGGCGGUACAUCUACUGAGGUUUUUGGUUUUUCGGAAAUACCGACAUUCGAUUUGUGGACCAAUAGCUGGAAGAUGUUGAGCACGUAUGGCGACAACGAUGGGACCAUGGUGCCGGAAGCACGGCGUUGUCAUGGCUGUGUGCAGCACAAAGAUGAGAAGACCGGUGUUACUUCAGUUUUUAUAUCGGGCGGUUACGACGGUGAUUGGGUGUUUUCUGAUGUCUGGCGAUUAGACCUCAGCACACGGCGGUGGACGCUUUUGAGAGAAUGCAUUCUGCCAAGUCCAGUUUACUUCCACUCGGCAGCGUUGACUCCGGAAGGUCGUAUGUACAUAUUCGGCGGUAUAGUCAAAGUGAACAAUGAGUUGUUUCAGGUGCAGAGAACAAAUGCGGUUUAUUCGGCAUGGCUGACGAUUCCAAAACUGUCAGAGAUCUGUUGGCAGGCAUUGAAUCAUUAUUAUCCAAACUUAAGAAACAUGUCGCCAAGAAAGUUGCUACGCAUCGGGAUACCGUUGAGAUUUGUGCAGAGAUUUGAUUCCAACGACUUGUGAAUGAUUCACGCAAGAUCAAGUUCUCUCGAUGUUCCCGAGUUUUCGCGAAUGAGAUGUUUUUUUUUUUAUUUUUUUAUUUUUUAAAACUUGCACUCUCUAAAGAAACAUUCGAGAUCAUGCUUAUAAAUUUGUGAUAUUUUUUUUGAGAAUUCUCUGUCUCUAACGCAGUUUUGUUUUGUAUCAUACCGAUUUUGUACAAUUGCUUAUUACAUUAACAAGAGCAAAGAGUAAUUUUUGACUAUUCUAUUUAUUAUGUACUAAGUAGUAUACGUAAUGAACUACUUCAUACACGACUUUUGCGCCUUUUCCCGGAUCUGCAAAUUAAUCAAGAGGCGCGGUAGUGUUUCGCGCCAAGUUCACGCACGAACUGCGCGAGGCGCACUGUGCCCAUUAUACGCGAAAAUUAAUUUAAAUAAUUAACGCGAGGUAUAUUGACAUUUGUUAAAAAUUUAUGUACAGAA